AUUGCUGGUCUGGCAACACUGUGGUCCUGAAUGCCGCGUGCGGUUUCGUUGCCUCCAUAUUGUACGCUUUUUAGCACCGAAAGAGGCACCGUUUGUGGUCAAUAAGGCAAGGUAAAGACAUAGAAUGAGUACACCAACUUUCAUUGACGUCGCGGUCGACGACCAAUGCUUGGACUUAAGGUCCUACUUCAAAGACUGUGGUGCUGACAUCUCCGACGAGGAUUGUCCGGACAGCCUGUGUCUCAGUCUGCAGCAAAUCAUAUCCGUCUGCGACUCGUGCUUUAGGGAGGCAACGGAUGCUGAGAUUGAAGCUGUGCUUAAUAGCAUCGUGUCUAUAAUUGCAGUGAUAAAUCCAACUGAGAGUGAGGGCCUCGUGCAUGCCUUCUGUGACAAGCUGGCGAAAGCAUCCUCGAAUCGAAUGGGGGUCUUGUGCGUCCGCGUGUUGCAGAACCUCUACGAAGCCAUCAGCCCCAGCAGUGUGCUUCGCUACGACGUGUACUAUAACCUCGUGAAAGUAGCUCUCAAAACAGACAUGAUCACGUCUGUGUUCAGCGACCUGACGAAGCUCAAGACCUGGCUCCAUGACCUGGAGAUCCCCACACCGCGAGUCCAGAAGCUCCUGAGACUUCUGCACGAAGCACUAAUUGAAAAUAAGCAGAGUGAGCUUGCGUCGAAGGUGAUGAUUGAGUUGCUGUCAACGUACACCGAAGACAACGCUUCGCAAGCCCGCGAUGACGCCCAUCGAUGCAUCGUGUCUUGCUUGGCCGAUCCGUCCACAUUUCUCCUGGAUCACCUGCUCCCGCUGAAGCCAGUACGGUUUCUGGAAGGAGAACUGAUUCAUGAUCUGCUCACCAUAUUCGUUGCAGAGAAGUUGUCUGCGUACCUUCAGUUCUAUCAGGCCAACAAAGACUUCAUCACUUCGCUCGGCCUGUCCCACGAGCAGAACAUGCACAAGAUGAGGCUGCUGACGCUCGUGCAGAUGGCAGAGAGCCAGAAGGAGAUAAGCUUCGACACCCUCCAGCAAGAGCUGCAGCUGGAGGAAGUGGAGGCCUUUGUGGUGGAUGCCCUCCGCACGCGAAUGAUCUCGGCAAAGAUCAACCACACGGGCCGCAAGGUGGUCGUCAUCAGUACCAUACACCGCACCUUUGGACGUCAGCAGUGGCAGCAACUCAAGGACACCCUGGUGCAGUGGCACAACCGCCUGCACAUAGUAGAAUCGAGCAUGGAACGUGUAGUCAGAGCCCAGUUUGAGCAGCUGGCGCCACCUACGGCGUAGGAAUCCCGUGUUAAGUGGCAGUAAAAAAUAAUGGCAUGGCGGAAAGGACUGAAAUAAAUAGUUCUUCGUAA